AUGGGAUCUGGAGAUUGGUUGAAGAAUAUAAUCAACUUAAGUAAAUCAAGGAAGCCAAAAUCAAAGAGGAUGAAGGGUUUUACUUUACACGUGAAAAAUAAAUUGGAAUCCCAACCUCAAGAAAAGUCAACAAUUUUGGUCAAUGGUGUUGCUUCCGAGAAGUCUAAGGUUGUCCAUCAGUUGGUUGAGGAUAUUGCUGCAACUCGGAUCCAAACAGCAUUCAGGGCAUUUAAGGCAAGGAAAGCACUAAAGCAUUUAAAAGGAGUAUUAAGAUUGCAAACACUUACAAAAGGUGAUUUUGGAAAGAAGCAAACAUCAAAUACAUUAAUGAAUCUUCAAUCAUGGAGCAAGAUACAAUCCCAAAUUAGAACACGAAGACUUCAAAUGGUUGAAGAAGAAGGAAUUAAACGGAAGAAAUUAGAGAAUCAAUUGAAGCUCGAGACCAAGCUCCGUGAUCUAGAGGUGAAGUGGAGUGGUGGUUAUGAUACCAUUGAUGAGGCGCUUGCAAGGAUACAACAUAGAGAAGAAGCAGCGGUAAAGCGUGAGAGAGCUAUGGCAUAUGCCUUCUCUCAUCAGUGGAGGCCGAGUUCAAGAUACAAUUUAGUCCCGUACGAUUCAGAAGUAGCUACUGCUGAAUGGGGUUGGAGUUGGUUGGAUAGAUGGAUUGCAAUUCAACCAUGGGAAAACCGAGUCCUGGUUGAGUUGACUCAGAAGAAACUCAAUAGCCCAGCAAACAAAGCUAUGAAAAACUCAAAAUCACCAUCAAUGAAAAAUUCAGAGUCCAUGAAAACUUCACCUAAUGGUAUGAAAACUCCAAUAAACCGGAAGCUAUCUUAUGUGGCAGCCAUUAAAACAGAAACAUUGGUAAAAGAGUAAUAUUUGGUAACCGGUCAAACGGUCAAACCGAACAUGACGUGCUACAUUUUGAUUGUAUGUGUAAAGUUAUUUGAUUUGUUGAUGGGGUCGUUCAUGGGUAUGAUAUUUACUUUUUUUUAAUGUGUAAAGUUAUUAUUAUUUUUUGUAUUUAUAUUGUAAAUAGAUGCAAUAAUGAUUUAUGGGGUGAAGAUUGUAUGUUUGUAUUUGGUUGGGAAUGUCAAAGAAUUGUCGUUUUGGGUUAUUUGGAAAUCUCAAACAAAAACUG